AAUGGCCAUGGACACAUCGCGUUCCUGCCAUGCUGGCUGCUAGCCCAGCUGCUGGGCGCUGUGGCAAUGCAGUCUUAGGGCAGCUGCAGAAACUUCUCAAAACAGAAUUAAUUGCUUGUAAGAUAGGGGGAAAAAACCACACAGCCCCAGUAUAUUCUUUAGAGGGCAGCGGAGCCUUGGCUCCUCCGGUGGAGCGCGCCGAGGCGGUCGAAGAGGGCAGUCGGAGGCAGCGGCUCAGGGUCCGGCCGCGGCAGCGCACACGGGCAGCGAGAACUCUCUCUCCCGGGACCGCUGCCAGCGCCGGCCUUUGCCCGGGACAAGCGGCCCCUUCAUUAGCGGAGGCACCGGGGCUGCCCGCUCGGGAAGCGGCCCCGGGGAAAGCGAGCAGCCGGCAGGGGCCCGAGCCCCGGCCCGCCCACGCACCCCCGCCGGCUCCCGGGGCGGCGGCGCUCCCAGGCGGCACCGAGGGCCUCCUGCUCUUCCGCACCAGGAGCUACCUCUCUCCUCUGACUCUGCAGCCCAGAGAUGGCAGCGCCCAAGGUGGCAGUGGUUGGCGCAGGAGUUAUCGGCCUGUCCACAGCACUGUGCAUAGUGGAGACUUGCCCCAGCUGCUCUGUGGCUGUCCUCUCAGACCAGUUCAGCCCCAACACAACCAGUGAUGUUGCAGCUGGGAUGCUGAUCCCUCACACCUACCCAGGCACAGCAAUCCAUGUGCAGAAGCAGUGGUUCAAAGAGACCUUCUCUUACCUUUUUGCCAUCAGCAACUCAGCAGAGGCAUCGGAGGCUGGCAUUCACCUGGUCUCUGGGUGGCAGAUCUUUAAAAACACUCCCAAGGAAGAGUCACCUUUCUGGUCAGAUGUUGUCCUGGGAUUUCGACCAAUGUCCAAAGCAGAACUCCAGAAGUUUCCACAGCACCAGUUUGGUCAGGCCUUUACAACACUGAAAUGUGACUGCCCACCCUACCUGCUGUGGCUGGAGAAAAGGCUAAAAGCAGCUGGAGUCCAGAUGUACACCAGAAAGGUUUCAGACCUGUGGGAGCUGCACAGCCAGUACAAUAUCGUUGUCAACUGUGUGGGCAUUGGAGCUCACCAUCUGGUGGGAGAUGAGAAGCUCUUCCCUGUCAGGGGUCAAGUUUUGGAGGUUCAUGCACCUUGGGUGAAGAACUUCAUCCGGGAUGGGGAUGGCUCCACCUAUAUCUACCCAGGGAUACACAGGGUAACCCUAGGGGGAACCAGGGAGAAGGAGAACUGGAGUCUCUCCCCUGACCCUGGCACUACUAAAGACAUCUUCAACAGAUGCUGCUCCCUUGAGCCCUCGCUGCAGGGAGCUCAGGAUGUCAAGGUGAAGGUGGGCCUGAGGCCAUCCAGGCAGAGUGUGAGACUAAACAGAGAGGUCUUGAGCCAGGGAGGAGUUAAGCUCCUGGUGGUCCACAACUAUGGUCAUGGGGCAGGUGGCUUUUCAGUACACAGGGGCACGGCCAAAGAGGCUGCUUGCCUGGUGGGUGAGUGCAUUGCUGCCCUGCGAGGCUCCUCAUCAAGGGCCAAGCUUUGAAUCCCAGAGACUCCUUUCCCAUUUAAGGUUAGUGUGAGAGCUCCAAGUAGCAGCUUUGGCCUUUUAUUGAAUUAUUGGGUGGAAGGAGCCUGACAGCUUCUGCCAUUGCAGAUGCUCAGUGGUAUUUCAGCUGGCUUCCAGCUGCCACCUUUGAAAGGCAUGCUGGAGGGACCAGAACUGCACAUGGUACUCAUGACGAGGGAUAAACCUUGUAUUUAAGUGAUGACACCUCUUCUCCCUCCCUUAUUUCAUCAUCUUAAAUUGCUUUAUAAUCAGGAACAAGCUUUUAGCUGACAUUUGAAUAGACCUACCUAAUAGCAAGAGAUCUGUCCUGAAUGGUACCAGCUGGUUCAGAGGCCACUGCUGGGGUUGGGUAGUGAGGGAAUAUUCCAACUCAGCCAAACUGAGUUCAGUUUUUGCCCAGGCUCAUGAUGUGGUUCUUGCAGCUGCUUGCAGAUAGUUUGCUUUUUUACUACCUUGACUAAGCUGCACUAGCAGCAAGCCAAGCCACCUCACCACUUACUGCCUGACAGAUGAGUAUAUGGAUUAGCAGUGAUUUUACUACAGAUGCCUAUGGCAUGUCACUGGUGACUUGUCUCCACUGUGCCAAACAGCUGAUCUAUCCUUCUAUCCUGUAGGCUGUUGCUGAUUUCCAGUUGAAUUCUGUAUCAGCUAAAACUUCAUCAAGAUAUAUUUGAGUUCAUUUAGGAUAAAUGUAGUCAUUAGAGAGAAAGUCAUAGCCUGGGCUGGCAUUUGUAUUGACUUAUAGAAAAUGAGACCUCACAACACACCGAGUGUUAUUAGGUAAGGCAUGUUUAAUCAGUGCUGGGUAACAAAGGGAGGUCAUCCUCCAAAGCUCUUGCACAUCUUCACCUUGUUCAGGUAAAAUGUUUAUGCUACAAAAUCAUACAUCUUUAGUCCAGGGGUAGGCUUAGUAUAAUUAGUCCUGGGAAUAGGUGGAGUUAUUACAGUCAGUUCCUGGAGCUCAUUUCCAUAAUGCCCCAUCUUUUACACAUGGACUCAUAGAAUCAGUCAGGGUUGGAAGGCACCACAGGGAUCGUCUAGUUCCAACCCCCCUGCCAUGGGCAGGGACACCUUACCCUAGAUCAGGCUGGCCAGAGGGUCUUUGGGAGGAAGGUCGAUAUCUUCCUCAGUCUGACCUUUCUACCUUACAUCCACCUGGCAUCAGUUGUGGGUCACAUUCUUGGCUGGAGUUCUCAUCUUUGAAUCCAGUAUUCUUCUUCUCCAAGCUUAACCCACCUCCUUUGUGCUUAUCUGAUUGAUGACGCUAUCAGUGCUCACAUAGUAAGUGAUUUCACUAGGUUUCCACACUCUAUGUUCUCUAUGCCUUUUCCCACAUCAGUAUUGUUUUCACAACUGUCUUAUCUACGUUGCAUGAGGCUUCACUUUGUCCUGCUUUACUCGCGGGUUUCCACGAGAGGGCGAUGUUGGACCGAGCAGUUACUGCGGGAAACCCGCACACUGCGUCUCCAAGAGCAACUGCAGUGAUGCUCACUCAGUCAACUCCCACAGGCUUGUCAGGCUUGCAGGACUUGGCGGCUGCUGCAGGGCUUGAAACAAUCGCCAAUCAGUAAGAGAGCUGCAAAAUGCCAUGAGGGAAUGCUUUCUAAUUUCUAAAAGGACGUUGAGGAAAUAGUUUCUGCUGUGCUGCUACCUUCACCUUUCUGUUGUUAAUAGAUAAUCCUAGGCAAAGUUGUUGCUAUAGCAGUGUGUCCCCGAGCUUCCCUCCCGACAAAAGGCUGGAGAGGAAACUACUGUCUGGGGGUAGCCAAGUGUCCUUAAAUCCUCAAGGUGCAAGGACAAGGGGACACAGUCUCGAGUUGUGCCAGGGCAGGUCUAGGCUGGAUGUUAGGAGGAAGUUAUUCACAGAGAGAGUGAUUGGCAUUGGAAUGGGCUGCCCAGGGAGGUGGUGGAGUCACCGUCCCUGGAGGUGUUCAAAAAGCCUGGAUGAGGCACUUAGUGCCAUGGUCUGGUUGACUGGAUAGGGCUGGGUGCUAGGUUGGACUGGAUGAUCUUGGAGGUCUCUUCCAACCUGGCUGAUUCUAUGAUUCUAUGACUUGGGGUCCUGGGAUAGAUAUCCCACAGGGCACCCCCUGGACCAUAAGCCCACUGCUUGGCCUGGCUCCUGGCAAGCCCACACACCACUCUGGAUGCUCAGGUAAUGGAAACCAUCACUGAAUUGUCCUCCUGGCAGUUUUCCCCCUGCAUGUCUCUUUUUCUCAGUGAAGAAGUCAAGGUUAGGUAUUGUGGGGAAGGAAAAUUAUGCAUGAGGCAAACUAAGGCUUAAUGAGGAAUGGGAGCAGCUGGGGAGAAAAGAAAGCAGAAAGAGACUUUUCUGAAAGUGAAAAGUUUCAUUAAAAUGACAUUUCCACAUAGUCCCAAGAGAAGCUUGUUCUUGUGCUUUGUUUUACCUCCUUUAAGACUGUCUCACAGCACUGAUGGCUGCCAGGACUGGGAGAUCCCUGUCCCACAUUGCUUUGUUGCUGUUCUUGUCCAUUACCUGCCAUAGGACAAUGUCUUCCUUGCAUUGCAAGAGGCAUGCACCAUGUGUAUCAUAUGCUGUGCUCCUGUCACAGCCAGUUCUGCUCUUCAAGGUCUCAUUUCAAUUCACCAGCUGAUGUUCAAGCCCUCCAUUAGCUUUUACUUACAUUUAUGAGCCAAACAGGGUAGAGGAUGCUUGCUUAUUUUCUGUGUCACCAGAGACAACAAGGAAGCCUGCUGUAGUUUUUGAAGCACCUGCACAUGCAUCUCCAGUCAGUAUUUUGGCAAAAGUGAAGGCCUGGAAAAAACCCUUUUCAUCAAGGAAUGUGCUGGAGCCAUGGAGGGAGCCUCACUUUUGCUUUUCUCCUUGCCAAAUGGGUGCAGGGUUGAGCUUCAAGCAGAUGAAGCCUCUCCUCCCUGCGUGCCUUGGAGCUUGGUGAGCCAAGCACUCCUCUGGCUGGUGGGACAGCCCAUCUCCUUUGAGCAGUCAGGGAACUGGAUUUGGGCUUCUCCACCCCAUGUUGCUGAGACAGGGGCUACAAGAGGAGCAAUCACACUGGUAGGUGUGCUCCAAAAGUAAAAGAUCCUUUUUUCUGGAAAGAAAGGAGCUCAGGCAUCUGAAGUCCUGGCAAAGACUCCAAGGAAUAGCCCACUUCUCCACAGAGGUAGAGUGUAAGUUACAGACCUUUGGAAGCACUGGCUGCCGUGCUUCUGGGAAUCCCUUGGUGGGCAAGGUCUGUGCCUUUUGUCCCUGAGCAGAUCACAGGAUGUUAGAGGUUGAAGGGACCCAAGGAGAUCAUCGAGUCCAACCCCCCUGCCAGAGCAGGACAAUACUGUCUAACACAGAUCACAGAGGGUGCAUGGUGUCAGUACUCCAGAAAUACUGAUGGGGGAAGCUGCCACAAAGAUCUGCAGCAGGAUAAUUGACUCAAACAGAAGGAUAAAUAGCUUUUCUUCGGGGCAUUUAAUGGGCCUCUUAAGCCAAAGGCAAUAAGCUCUAUGCAUGCAGAUGUUUUCCCUCUUUCUUGCCAUCUUUUUGCAUCUUACCCAUAAUUAUGCACUAAAAUGUUCUUGUCUGGGUUGCUGAGAGCAAUCUUGCUGUGGUUUGUCUCUGCAGUGCAAGGCUGAAGACUUCAGCACAAAGACUGAGGGAAAAGCCUUCCGUUCCUAGAGGCAUCCCAUGGCUGUACAUCAGUGGUGUUAGAUCAAUGUUGUGUUAAGCUUAAGUGAGGAGUGGGAAGUUAGUGGGAAAAAUUUACCUCUUCCAGCUGGUGCUCUGCAGGUCUCAGUGCUGGGGUCUCUCCCUGCCUGCCACGGUGCCCUGGGCUCCAGCCAGCACACACCUGGCUCCAGGCAUUGAUACAGCUCAGAGUAGUUGCGUUUCCUUUGCCUCGUGGGGGAGGUAAGAGUCCCCUGAGAUAGUUGUUUGUGCCACCUCUGCAAUGCUGACUGGACUGCGAGGAGAUGGCAGGGCAGGCUUCCCUCUCUAGCCUCUGGCUUUGCCUCCAGCCUUGCCACCAGGACAGCAGCAGGCACCACACAGGCUCUGCAAAGAACCUUUCUGCUUUCAGGAGAUUGCACUUUAUCACCUGACAGAGUACAGAGAAACAACCUUGAUCCUGAAGAAAUUCAAUGCACUCUGGCAAAGGGUUGUCCUCCUAACAGCCCACAAGUGAGGUAGGAGCUGGGGCACAACCUUAAGCAUUAGCUUGGUUGAGCUUUUAAUCAUAGAAUCAACCAGGUUGGAAGAGACCUCCAUGCUCAUCCAGUCCAACCUAGCACCCAGCCCUGUCCAAUCAAUUAGACCAUGGCACUAAGUGCCUCAUCCAGUCUUUUCUUGAACUUUCUUGCCUGUAGAGGUGGCUGCAUCUUCACAAUCCCACUUUGUCCUUGCUAGUGCAUCUCUGAAGCAUCUGACUGGCCUCUGCUCUCCAUGACCAUUGCUGAGGAUGGGGGACAGACACACUGUGAGAUCUGUGCUGCAAGGAAGCCCCCUGCAGUAACAGCUAAUCUCUAUCCAAACUCAGCUGUGGAGACUAUUCUGCUUUGAAUCAGUACCAGCAUCUCUGUGCCACUGAGGCCAAACUGCCUCCGAAGGAGCCUGCGGGAAGAGCACAGAGUUCUGUCCUCACCGUCUGCUCCUGGCCAGGUUGCUUGGCUGCAGGGGAGCUGUGGCAUCUUUUCUGCUGAGGGCAAGGCCGUUUUUCUCCUCCCAGCUGGGAUUGUUUUAAAGACAUUUCAAAUGUAACCAGCUGGGGGGGAGGACUGGCUGACCUGGUAAUAGUUCAGAAAAGCAACCUGUAAGAAAAGCAACCUUUUUUCUUACAGGUAAAGGCAAUCACAGAAACAUGCAAGUUGGCAAAGCCCCUCAGGAUCACCAAGUCCAACCUAGAACCCUACUCUACAAGAUUCAUCUUAAACCACAGCCCUAAGCACCACAUCCAAACGACCCUUAAACACAUCCAGGCUUGGUGACUCUACCACCUCCCUGGGCAGCUCACUCCAGUGCCUGACCACUCUCUCUGUGAAAAACUUCUUCCUAAUGUUCAGUCUAAACCCCCCUAGUCUCAGCUUGAGGCCAUUCCCCCUCAUUCUGUUUCCAACUACCUGUGAGAAGAGAUCAGCUCCAGCCUCUCCACAAUGUCCCUUCAGGUAGCUGUAGACAGCAACAAUGAUACUGAAUUUAGUGUCCUGCACCACUGGGACAAUUUUCAGACACGUGGGUGAGAUCUCUCUAUCAAAAGUGGAUCCAUAUUGUUAAGUUGGCCUGCCUACUAGCCCAGGACAUUUUUGAACACCUCCUGUCCUAUAAAAGCUGCUUUUCACCCAUCAGGUCCACCAGGCCUGCUGCCAGCCACUCUCAGCCUUCGUUUGAUCCUGUAGCCUUUAAUGAGGCAUAAAGUCUACAGACACAUGCCAGUGUAUCAAACAACACAGGCUGUAGGAAGGGUGCACAGGGCAUUAAUUAUGGUCUUAGUUUGUUUGUGAAAUUGCUGCCUGGAGAGGUUGCUGCUGUUGUCCUUAGUAGCUCCAGUGCUCUGGCUUGCAUCCCUCCUCCCCUUGGAGAGCCCUUUUCAGCAAGUGCUUGCAGGUGAAAGUCAUUCUCCACCAUCAAAUUAUGGCACCUGCUUGAUUACUCCAGUGCCAUUGCCAUCCCCUGUAUCAAUAUUUGGCAUUUGUACUGUGCUAUGUGAAGCCAUUAAAAACCUCUAAUAAAAAGGCUUAUGUAACUUCUGAAAGCCAUAAUUAUUACUCCAGCUGUGCUGUUGUGUAGAAUCCUGAGCAUUAUAGAUUAAGCCCUCUGCCAGAUCACUCUUUUUUUUUUUAAUGAAAGAUAUUCAUCCUCGAGCUCAGAGGUGUUAAAGUGUCAGUAAAAUUGAGUACAUUAACAAGCAAAAGAAGAAAAAUGAGAAAGCUGAGUCCAAAGUAACAACAAAUUACCAGCAGUGUGUAGUAGAAACUCAGGGCAAUUUUUAAGCCAAGCUGGACAUCUGUCUGGGAUUACAGCAUUGAUGCAGGGGAAAUGCAGACAGCAGAGCAGUAUCACAAAAAUCUUUGUGCAGUAGCACAUGAGCUGCACCUGAGCUACCACUCCUUAAUUGCUCCAGACUGGGAAUCUUCUGAUUGGUGACACCUGUUUAUUUUUAUGCUAGUGCCUGGUCAGUAAAAGUCCCAGCCCACAGUGAAAAAGCAGGCAGAGUUCUGCUUGUUAGGAAUGAUCAGGCAAUUCAGUAAAAGGCAGAGCAUGAAAUUCACUGCUGCUCUUCUCCAGGAGUGAAAUACAGCUGCUGGAGGCAAUGCAGUCCCGUUUGUGGGUACCACAAAGAUUAGGGCAAAACAAAUAAAGGUAAGGCCCAGGGAUAGCAGAGCUGCAGAGCAUCUUCUACUGAGGGGCUGUGUCAUUCCUCUCCUGUCUCCUGCAGUGAAUGUAUGUGCACAGGUACAGGUAUGUCUGUGUACAAGUGCACAGGAGCAUGACUCAGAGGUAAAUCUCGAUCUGUAAUCCUCGCUCCAGGCCAUUAAUUGUCAGCCACCUCUUUCAUCACAGAGCACAGGAGGCUGUGGUGCUGGAGUGCCUCUGCCUGUGCCUCGCUGAGAAGAGUGAGAUCAAUCUUGUGUUAAGCUGCCUAAAUAGCCCACGAGUUCAAGGAGAGCUAAUUGGAGACUGCAUGAACAUAUUUCUUUAUCAGCUGUUAUCUUCAAGCCUACCAGCGGCGAGCUGAGAAGUGGUUUUAAUGACCCAGGCAGCUGAGCUUUAGCCUUAACAGCUGCUCAGGCAGGUAUUUCUCAGCAGUGGUUAAGUGGGUAAUAGACCAAUGUGGCCAAUUUACUUCUGAGCUGCUAACAGAGAGAGAGAGAGACUCUUUUCCUGAGUUUUCAUUGGGGUUUAAGGCAUGGGAAGGAGAAGGGACUGUACCUCUCCUGCAGAGAUACUGGCAACAGGGAAGUCUGUCAAUUGGUGCAUAGAAAACUACUUCCCAGGAUUUGGAUAUGGUGGACUUGGGAAAGUUGGAGUAGAUGAUCUCUAAGGUCCUUCCAACUUCAGCCAUUCUAUGAUGACUUGGCGCUACUGGAUCAACAGCUGGACUUGGUGAUCUGGGAGCUGCAGUUUUAAGGAACAGGAGUGGGACUGGGCUUGCACUGUAGCUGUCACUGAGAAGUCACCAGAGGAGCUAUAAACAUUUCACUCCUUGUUCCUCGGGGGCAUGGCAGAACUUUGGAAUGUAAAUGUACAAGGCAAUGAAAGAGACCCAGAGCAAAUUUCUCACUCCUGUAGACAGAGGAGCAGAGGCACACACAUCUGCUGUGGGGAGGGGGACACUCUGCUUCUCUUUGUAUGAUUUUCAAAAUGACCUCAUAAAGUUUUUACACAAAACACACAAUACACUCCAAUAUUGCUGGCCAAAAUCAUACCACAACAUCUUUAGCACCAAGGCUGCUUUUAACUGUCAGCAUCUGGUCAAUAAAUGACAGGGUGUGAAAUCCUAUUCAAAUAAAAGAUUGUGUUUGUAUGGUUGCAGAGAAAAAGGCAAGAGAGGAAAGGUCAAGACUCCAAAAGUAUGAAGUGCCCAAAUGCAUUCAAAUGCAUCUUUUAACUCUCUCUUGAAGUUUAAUUCUUGAGAAACCAAAGCUUUCCUACAAGCUUGAACAAUGUAUAUUCAAAUAAAAGAGCCCUGUCUGAGCAGAGCAACAA